AUGGAUGAAUACACUGCCGAGAUCUUCGCCGGCCAGGAUGGCGGUAGUGAUGGCGACCCCCAGCGCUCGAACAGCAGCGUGGAAGAAACGAAGCAGCCUGCUAAGCCGGACACCACAACGGAGGAGUCUGCUCCAGGCAUGUCACUGCAGGACCGACUGCUUGCCAGGCAAGUCUCGUUCCUCCAGCAGCUAGUUCCGUCUGAAGAUGCCGGCAGUGAUGGGGAUGAUAGUGAUACAUCUGCAUCGCCGGAAAGGCCUCCAUUCAGCCUGCCCACGAUGACCAACAACUUUAGACGUUUCAAUGCAAGAAUAGGAAUAGUCUUUCAAUUUCAGUAUAAUGUGAUUAAACUCCUUUCUUGGAGGCACAGGACCCAGACAUGGUCGCUGAUAUGCGUCUAUUCCUUCAUCUGCCUGGACCCAUACUUGCUAGCGGUACUUCCAUUUGUCCUCGUGCUUCUUUUCAUCAUGAUACCCGCCUUCUUGACAAGGCACCCUCCACCACCACCGUCGACUUCGACUUCUAGUACAACGCCGUACUAUUCUUACGAGGGCCCAGCUCUUGCUCCAGCCAGAACUAUCAAGCCUGCUGCCGAGACAUCCAAGGAUUUCUUCCAUAACAUGCGAGAUUUACAAAAUUGUAUGGCGGAUUUUGCCGUCCUUCACGAUGCAGCUGUGUCACUUAUUGCGCCGGCUACAAACUUCUCCGACGAAAAAUUUUCAUCUUCCCUGUUUAUUGCCUGUACCGGUUUGGCGGGUGCCGUCUUUUUGGUGUCACACCUCAUGCCCUGGCGUUUUAUGUUACUCUUUACCGGGAACGCCCUUAUAUUAUCUAAUCAUCCAAGCAUGAAGCCCUUUUUUGAGACGAUUAAAGGUGUGCUUACGUCCCAUAGUGCGCCUCAUGAUAAUACCGAGGGCACCAAGAAGUCAUUUGACAUUUAUGGCUACUCCAUACCUUUAACUGUUUCUGGAUUCAUGGAUCUCCUCGACUCGGUCACUGCUAUAUCCCUUUCUGCUGAGCCCGAGGAACGCGAAGUUGAGAUUUUUGAGCUACAGCAUAAAACAUACUCCUUAUAUUCGGCGUCACCCGAGUGGGAGCCAUUUUUGUUCACGUCCACGCCGUAUGAUCCUCUCUGCCCGUCUCGUAUAUCAGGGGAUCGGCCUAAAGGAUCUAGGUUUUUCGAGGAUGUGAGUCCUCCCCCCGGUUGGGUUUGGAAGAGCAAAAAGUGGGAACUAGAUCUUGAAUGCCGAGAGUGGGUGAUGGAACGGAUGGUUACUGGGGUGGAGUUCGAAAUAUCUGACAGUAAUGACGGGAUCAUUAGCGAGGAAGUUGGAGGUUGGGUAUGGGACCUGCCGUUUAACACCCCUGAUGAUGAACAUGCCGUCGAUAUACUGGCUUACACAGACUCAUGGGAAAGUCCUCGAAGAAAUGCGCAAAUGUCCGCACAAACAAACAAACGUGCCAACCAAAAAGAAAAGCCAGAGUGGGAGGAAGCCACAAAACAACUUGACCGGGCUGGCGACUGGAGAAGGAGACGUUGGGUCAGGGUUGUCCGAAGGAUGACUAUUGAUGAGAAAACAGUGAAAGCGACACCACUAUUCUCUUAG